AACCCCACAGGACACUUACCUCCAAACGAAUCGCGUGACCCCAAAUUCCAGUUAUGCGUGCACGAGUCGCUGGAAUAAAGGCCUCAACAAGCCUGAAGUGACACUGGCUCGAACGCCCCCGAGAACAAAACCAUCCUCAAGCGGACACUGUCUGUGUUGUCAAGCUGAUACCUGGAGGAGUUGUUAUAGUGUCAAUGGACUACCUUUAGAAUGAGGCCAACGUUUAUAGUUUGGGAUUGAAUUUAAGAUUUUUUUGGCUCUGCCCAAAUUGGCUGGGAUCCAAGACAUUGUUCCAGAUAUUUCAUUCGUUGAGCGGUUGUGUUCAGACACAGGUGGACAAUCCAAGAUGCCUGGAUCUGUGAAAUUACGCAGCAUCAAAAAACUCGGACUCGAAAAUAACGGCUACGAUUUAUCUGACGAAGAGACAAAUGGCUCCUACUUGUCCAUGACAUCCCCAAAACAGGACACAAAGUCUUCGAGCCAGGAUGAUGCAGCAGCUAUCAGAGUUGGCUUCUUCCAGCUGUUCCGCUUCGCCAGCUGCAGGGAGGUUCUGAUGAUGACGGUGGGCGGGGUUUGUGCGGUGCUCCAUGGCUCCGCCCAGCCUCUCAUGCUGCUGGUGUUCGGCAUGUUGACCGACACCUUUAUCGACUACGACAUCGAGCUAACAGAGCUGAGCGACCCCAGGAAGGAGUGCGUCAACAACACCAUCCAGUGGAGGCAGAACUACACCAGCCCGGACGACCACAACCACACCGACCACUUCAACCAGACGGUCAUGAACUUCCUGAACCAGACUGUGGUGUGGGAGGGGAACCAGUCCAGCUGGGCCCUCCUGAACCAGUCAAAGGGAGAGCGGUCGUGUGGGCUCCUGGAUAUUGAAUAUGAGAUGACCAAUUUCGCCUACUACUACGUUGCCAUAGGAACGGCUGUUUUCUUACUGGGUUACCUUCAGAUCUCCCUCUGGGUGUCGUCUGCAGCCAGACAGAUACAGAUAAUCAGGAAGAUGUACUUCAGUAAGGUGAUGAGGAUGGAGAUUGGCUGGUUUGACUGCAACUCUGUGGGGGAGUUGAACACCCGCAUGUCAGAUGACAUCAAUAAGAUAAACGAUGCGAUCGCGGACCAGGUGAGCAUCUUCAUCCAGCGCUUCACCACCUUCGUGUGUGGCUUCCUCAUGGGCUUCGUGAAGGGAUGGAAGCUCACCCUGGUCAUCAUCGCAGCCAGUCCUCUGAUUGGUGUAGGGGCUGCUCUCAUGGCUCUGUUCGUGGCCAAGCUAACAGGUCAGGAGCUGCAGGCGUACGCCAAGGCAGGGGCCGUGGCCGAUGAGGUCCUGUCCUCCAUCAGAACCGUGGCGGCCUUCGGAGGGGAGAAGAAGGAAGUGGAGAGGUAUGACAGGAACCUGCUGUCGGCGCAGCGCUGGGGCAUCAGGAAGGGGCUGAUCAUGGGCUUCUUCACAGGCUACAUGUGGUUCAUCAUCUUCCUGUGCUACGCUCUGGCCUUCUGGUACGGCUCCAGUCUGGUGCUGGACUCUGGGGAGUACACACCUGGGACCCUGCUGCAGGUGUUCUUUGGCGUACUGAUAGCGGCUCUGAACCUGGGCCAGGCGUCUCCCUGCCUGGAAGCCUUCGCCUCCGGAAGGGGCGCGGCCACCAUCAUCUUCGAGACCAUCGACCGGGAGCCAGAGAUCGACUGUUUUUCUGAAGCGGGGUAUAAACUGGACAAAGUCAAUGGAGACAUUGAGUUUCACAACGUGACCUUUCACUACCCGUCCAGACCGGAGGUCAAGAUCCUGGACCAGCUGAGCGUAGCGGUGAAGUCUGGGGAGACGACCGCCUUCGUGGGCCCCAGCGGAGCUGGAAAGAGCACGGCGGUGCAGCUCAUCCAACGCUUCUACGACCCCAAAGAGGGCAUGGUGACCCUGGAUGGUCAUGACAUCAGAGGCCUCCACAUCCAAUGGCUGCGCUCCCUCAUCGGCAUCGUGGAGCAGGAGCCCGUCCUGUUCGCCACCACGAUCGCGGAGAACAUCCGCUACGGUCGCCCUGGAGUCUCCAUGGACAACAUCGUCAUGGCAGCCAAGGAGGCCAACGCCUACAACUUCAUCCAGGACCUGCCACAGAAGUUCGACACGAUGGUGGGCGAGGGCGGAGGGCAGAUGAGCGGCGGGCAGAAGCAGCGCAUCGCCAUCGCCCGGGCGCUGGUGAGGAACCCCCGGAUCCUGCUGCUGGACAUGGCCACCUCAGCCCUGGACAACGAGAGUGAGGCUGUGGUGCAGGAGGCCCUGGAUAAGGUCCGUAUGGGGCGUACCACCAUCUCCAUCGCCCACCGCCUGUCCACCAUCAAGAACGCAGACGUGAUCGUGGGCUUCGAGCACGGACGGGCCGUGGAGCGGGGCAAGCACAACGAGCUGCUGGAGAGGAAGGGGGUCUACUUCACCCUGGUCACCCUGCAGAGCCAGGGAGACAAGGCCCUCAACCAGAAGGCUCGCCAGAUGGCCGACAGCGAGGCAGCCCGACAGGAGGAGAAAAAGAGUCUCUCCAGGGCAGGAAGCUACCGAACCAGCUUCAGAGCCUCCAUCCGCCAGAGGUCCCGCUCCCAGCUGUCCAGCCUCGUCCCGGAGGCCUCGAUGCCCAUCGCCGCUGAGCUGGGCCCCAGGGCCUACUCUGUCUCCCAGGGCGAUGGGAAAAUGAGUGCCGUGGCGGAGGAGGAGGAGCAUGUGGAGCCAGCUCCAGUAGCCAGGAUCCUGAAGUACAACGCCCCUGAGUGGCCCUACAUGGUGGUGGGCACCAUCGGAGCCGCCAUCAACGGAGGGGUCAACCCUGUGUACUCUCUGCUCUUCAGCCAGAUCCUGGCGACGUUCUCCGUGUUAGACCCUGUGGCUCAGAAGAAGGAGAUCGAUGGGAUCUGCAUGUUCUUUGUGGUUGUGGGCGUGGUCUCCUUCUUCACACAGAUGCUUCAGGGCUACGCCUUCUCCAAGUCGGGGGAGCUGCUGACCAGCCGGCUGAGGAGACUGGGCUUCCACGCCAUGCUGGGUCAGGAGGUGGGCUGGUUCGACGACCACAGGAACAGCCCCGGGGCGCUGACCACACGACUGGCCACAGACGCCUCCAUGGUCCAGGGGGCUACUGGCUCCCAGAUCGGCAUGAUCGUCAACUCCAUGACCAACAUCGGGGUGGCGGUCAUCAUCUCCUUCUACUUCAGCUGGAAGCUCAGCCUGGUGAUCAUGUGCUUCCUGCCGUUCCUGGCUCUGUCCGGAGGCUUCCAGGCUCGCAUGCUGACCGGCUUCGCUAAGCAGGACAAGCAGGCCAUGGAGACAGCCGGGAGGAUCUCCGGCGAGGCCCUCAACAACAUCCGCACCAUCGCUGGUCUGGGGAAGGAGAGGAGCUUCGUCCAGAUGUACGAGGCCCAGCUGGAGAGUCCUUACCAGGCCGCCCUGAAGAAGGCCAGAGUGUACGGAGCCUGCUACGGCUUCGCUCAGUGUGUCGUCUUCAUGGCCAACUCUGCCUCCUACAGGUUCGGAGGCUACCUUGUCAGGCAGGAGGGCCUGCACUUCAGCCUGGUGUUCAGGGUGAUCUCUGCCAUCGUGACCAGCGGCACGGCGCUGGGCCGAGCGUCCUCCUACACGCCAGACUACGCUAAGGCCAAGAUCUCUGCCGCUCGCUUCUUCCAGCUCCUGGACCGCGUGCCCACCAUCAGCGUGUACAGCCAGGACGGAGACAAGUGGGAUAACUUCAAAGGCGACCUGGAGUUCAUCGACUGCAAUUUCACGUACCCCACCAGACCAGACAUCCAGGUGCUGAACGGGCUGAGCGUGUCGGUGAGGCCCGGCCAGACCCUGGCGUUCGUGGGCAGCAGCGGCUGUGGGAAGAGCACCAGCGUCCAGCUGCUGGAGAGGUUCUACGACCCCGACCACGGCAAGGUGCUCAUCGACGGUCAUGAUUCGACGCACGUCAACGUCCAGUUCCUGCGCUCCAAGAUCGGCAUCGUGUCCCAGGAGCCCAUCCUGUUCGACUGCAGCAUCGGCGAGAACAUCAAGUACGGGGACAACCUGAGAGAAGUGGGCAUGAACGAUGUGAUCUCCGCUGCCAAGAAAGCCCAGCUCCACGACUUUGUCAUGUCGCUGCCAGAGAAGUACGACACCAACGUGGGCUCGCAGGGUUCCCAGCUGUCCCGCGGUCAGAAGCAGCGCAUCGCCAUCGCCAGGGCGAUCAUCCGGGACCCCAAGAUCCUGCUGCUGGACGAGGCCACCUCGGCCCUGGACACGGAGAGCGAGAAGACAGUGCAAGAUGCCCUGGACAAAGCUAGGGAGGGCCGAACCUGUAUCGUCAUCGCUCACCGCCUCUCCACCAUCCAGAACUCUGACAUCAUCGCCGUCAUGUCGCGAGGCUUCCUCAUGGAGCAGGGAUCACAUGACCACCUCAUGUCCCUCAAGGGGGCCUAUUACAAACUAGUCACCACGGGGGCACCAAUCAGCUAACUGCUCAAAGGGAUGGUAACCAAUCAAAAGAGACAGAAACGGAACCAGGAAAUGCUCUUCCCCUCCAGUCGGAUCUGUCUAUUUAUUUUCGCAGCUUGAGUCUUGCUGUGAAGGGUGAAAGUGGGUGAACCUAGAAGAGGUUUCACUGGGUUAUUGGUUUUGGUCAUCAAGCUCAAUGUCUUAUAAUCUUCUCUUUUUUUAAGUUGUCAGAUAUAUAUGUAUAUUGAGUUUCAAUGUUACAAACACUUAGUUCAAUGAUACUAUUGACAGGUGAAUUGAAUUGAGUAUGUUUACGUUUAAUACGUUUGCGUUCUAAUUGUUCAAUGUUUCGAAUUGACAGAAUUUAGAAAAAUAACAGCAUAGCUAAGAACCAUUUUAGGGAUUUCAGUGAUACGCCAGUGAGCGCUGAGGUCAUCUGAUGAUUGUCUACUAUCUCUCAGUUUCCAUAUCCUCCUUCCUUGUCUCUAAGACGGUAUAAAAAGUCAGUCAUUAUAAUAUCAAGUAGGUAAACAAGCCAGCGGCUGUUUUAAGUUGUUUUACACACAUUUUAUUCCACUUGCUGUGGCAUAUCUCACCAAAAUAUAUUAUGCAUGCAUAAUCCAUAACAACAGGAAAAUAGCAGCACAACUUCAAUGUUGAGCUUGUUAGGAUUUUUUGGACAGGAUAUAUCCUGUACGAUUUAUUUUUCAGAGGAUGCUGGAAAACAAGUUUCUCAGUUGGUCUAUUAGGAGGUAAAAAUGUUUGAUUGCCGCACUACGGGGUGGAGUAUUUUCAUUUGGGGGAUGUACUCAUAUUACGGGGUGUGGUUUGCACUUCAGGGCCACCGUAGAUUGCCCAUUUGUAUGCAAACAUACAAUGAGUAAUCUUGCUGCGAAAAACAGAUCGGGGCCUACCCUACCAUUGUACGGCAAAUGCAUUGUACUGUUUUUCGUAACCAGUGUUAAAUGUUCUCCUUUUAUGUUUCUUUUUUCAAUAAACAGAAUACGCUU